AUGAGCUCGAGCAGCUCAGAUUCUGCAGAUGGGGAUAACUCUGAGUCUGAAAAACCUCGGAAUCAUACAGUUUGGACAAAGAGAAGAACAAGGCUUGAUAGUCAGGAAAACGAAGCUCUCAACCUGAUGGAAAGCAUCAGGACUUUCAGAGCUGGGGAUGACUUAGAUAAAUAA